AUGGUCUUGCUGAUUGAUCUUGCAUUGCAGGUGUUGCCAGUACCAGUAACUACAGCUAUAGUGCACAACAUGUCUCUAGAGACAGCACAUGUUGAGCAGCCAGAGGUGGUGUGUGUGAAGACGGAGCCCGGAGAGGUGUGUGUGAAGGAGGAGCAGGAGUGUGAGGACAGCGUGCUGCGAGGAGUGAGCGCGGCGGCCGCGCAGGCCGGACUGUAUGUUGAUCAUGUGGUCAAGGACGAGCUCGUGCUGGGCCCCGAGGAGUGGCAUCGUCCUAAAGUGCUCCAAAUACAAGUGUGUUCGGACGGCAGCGCCGCCCGCGCCAGGGAACAGCUCGCGAUGGCUUGUUCCGUGGUGCUCGAGCGCCUCCGCGGCAACGCGACUAAGACACACAUUCGGAGACACCAGAGAAUACUCACUGGAAAACAGCCUUACAAAUGUACUCAUUGCGACUUCAAGUGCAAUAAAAGUUCAGACUUACGAAGACACGAAAGGACACAUACUGGCGAGAAACCUUUUCAGUGUAGUCAUUGUAAUUAUAAAUGCAGUCAUAAAUCACACUUACAAAAACACCUGAUGAUACAUACUGGGGUAAAGCCAUUUCAGUGUAGCCACUGUGAUUACAAAUGCACUGAGAAAUCAAACUUAAAAAGACACCGGAGGAUGCACACUGGAGAAAAGCCUUACAAAUGUAGUAAUUGCGACUACAAGUGUAGUAAUAGUUCAGACUUACGAAGACAUGAAAGGACACAUACUGGCGAGAAGCCUAUUCAGUGUAGCCACUGUGAUUACAAAUGCAAUCUGAAAUCAUACUUACAAAAACACCUGAUGAUACAUACUGGGGCGAAGCCAUUUCAGUGUAGCUACUGUGAUUACAAAUCCAGCCAGAAAUCAAACUUACAAAAUCACCUGAUGUUACAUACUGGGGCGAAGCCAUUUCAUUGUAGCCACUGUGAUUACAAAUGCAAUCAGAAAUCAUACUUACAAAAACACCUGAUGUUACAUACUGGGGUGAAGCCAUUUCAAUGUAGCCGCUGUGAUUACAAGUGCAUUCAGAAAUCAACCUUACAAAGACACCAAAGCAUACAUACUGGAGGGGAGAAGCCUUUUCAGUGUAGCCAAUGCGAUCACAAGUGCAGUGAUAGGUCAAGCUUACGCAGACAUGAACGGACACAUACUGGCGAGAAGCCUUUUCUGUGUAGUCACUGUGAUUACAAAUGCAGUCAGAAGUCAAACUUACAACAACACCUGACGAUACAUACUGGAGCGAAGCCAUUUCAGUGUAGCCACUGUGAUUACAAAUGCAGUCAGAAGUCAAACUUACAACAACAUCUGACGAUACAUACUGGGGCGAAGCCAUUUCAGUGUAGCCACUGUGAUUACAAAUGCAGACAAAGGUCACACUUACAAAGACACCUGAUGAUACAUACCGGGGAGAAGCCAUUUCAGUGUAGCCACUGUGAUUACAAAUGCAGUCAGAAGUCAGAUUUACAAUCUCACCUGAUGAUACAUACUGGGGCGAAGCCAUUUCAGUGUAGCCACUGUGAUUACAAAUGCAGUCGGAAGUCAAACUUACAAAAUCACCUGAUGAAACAUAUUGGGGCAAAGCCAUUUCAGUGUAGCCACUGUGAUUACAAAUGCAGUCAGAGAUCAAGCUUACAACAACACCUGAUGACACAUACUGGGGCGAAGCCAUUUAAAUGUAGCGAUUGCGACUACAAAUGUAGAUGGAAAUCAUGUUUUAAAAGACACCAGUCGAAGCAUACUGUGGCGAAACCAUAA